AUGGAGGAGCGGGCCCCCCCCGCCCGGGGGGAGGAGCCGCCCCCACCCGCGGCGGCGGCGGAUCGGGCCCCCCCGGCGGAGGACCCGGGCCCCAAGGCCGAGCGGGGCCCCCCGGCGGAGGAGCGGGGCCCGCGGCGGGCGGGGGGGGAGGAGCGGGGCCCCAAGGCGGAGCGGGGGCCCCGGGGGGGGCCGGGCGAGUGGGGGGGCCCCUGGGCCGGGGGCGAGGCCGACCCCCCCGAGGAUUUCCUGCCCCCCCCCGAGUGCCCCGUCUUCGAGCCCAGCUGGGCCGAGUUCCGCGACCCCCUGGGCUACAUCGCCAAGAUCCGGCCCAUCGCCGAGAAGAGCGGGAUCUGCAAGAUCCGGCCCCCCGCCGACUGGCAGCCCCCCUUCGCUGUGGAAGUGGAUAACUUCAGGUUCACCCCACGCAUCCAGAGGCUUAACGAAUUGGAGGCGCAGACGCGGGUGAAGCUGAACUACUUAGACCAGAUUGCGAAGUUCUGGGAGAUCCAGGGCUCCUCGCUCAAGAUCCCCAACGUGGAGCGGCGCAUCCUCGACCUCUACAGCCUGAGCAAGGUGGUGCUGGAGGAGGGGGGCUACGAGGCCAUCUGCAGGGACCGGCGGUGGGCUCGCGUGGCCCAGCGUCUCGCCUACCCCUCCGGCAAGAACAUCGGCUCCCUGCUGCGCUCCCACUACGAACGCAUCAUCUACCCCUACGAGAUGUACCAGUCAGGGGCCAACCUGGUGCAGUGUGACGCCCGGCCCUUCGACAGCGAGGAGAAGGACAAGGAGUACAAGCCCCACAGCAUCCCCCUGCGCCAGUCCGUGCAACCCUCCAAGUUCAACAGCUAUGGGCGCCGGGCCAAGCGGCUGCAGCAGGAGCCAGAGCCCACGGAGGAGGACAUCGAGAAGAACCCGGAGCUGAAGAAGCUGCAGAUCUAUGGCGCCGGCCCCAAGAUGCUGGGCCUGGGGCUGGUGGCCAAGGACAAGACCCUGCGGAAGAAAGACAAGGAGGGUCCCGAGUGCCCCCCCACGGUGGUGGUGAAGGAGGAGCCCCCCGGGGUGGAUCCCCGGCCGGAGCCGGCGUCGCCCCGCCCCUUCCUGGAGGUGAAGGAGGAGCUGCGGCACAGCCCGGAGCCCUGCACCAAGAUGACCAUGCGCCUGCGCCGCAGCCACGGCAACACGCAGUUCAUCGACUCGUACGUGUGCCGGAUCUGCGCCCGCGGGGACGAGGACGACAAGCUGCUGCUGUGUGACGGCUGUGACGACAACUACCACAUCUUCUGCCUGCUGCCCCCCCUGCCCGAGAUCCCCAAGGGAGUCUGGCGCUGCCCCAAAUGCGUCAUGGCGGAGUGCAAGCGCCCCCCGGAGGCGUUUGGCUUCGAGCAGGCCACGCGGGAGUACACGCUGCAGAGCUUUGGGGAGAUGGCCGACGCCUUCAAGGCCGACUACUUCAACAUGCCUGUCCACAUGGUGCCCACGGAGCUGGUGGAAAAGGAGUUCUGGCGCCUGGUGAACAGCAUCGAGGAGGACGUGACGGUGGAGUACGGCGCCGACAUCCACUCCAAGGAGUUCGGCAGCGGCUUCCCCAUCAGCGACAGCAAGCGGAGGCUGUGCCCCGAGGAGGAGGAGUACGCGGCCAGCGGCUGGAACCUGAACGUGAUGCCGGUCCUGCAGCAGUCGGUUCUGUGCCACAUCAACGCCGACAUCUCGGGCAUGAAGGUGCCCUGGCUCUACGUGGGCAUGGUCUUCUCCGCCUUCUGCUGGCACAUCGAGGACCACUGGAGCUACUCCAUCAACUACCUCCACUGGGGCGAGCCCAAGACAUGGUAUGGGGUGCCGUCGUUCGCGGCCGAGCACCUGGAGGACGUGAUGAAGAAGCUCACCCCGGAGCUGUUCGAGAGCCAGCCGGACCUGCUGCACCAGCUCGUCACCCUCAUGAACCCCAACACCCUCAUGGCCCACGGCGUGCCGGUCGUCCGGACCAAUCAGUGUGCGGGAGAGUUUGUCAUCACCUUCCCCCGGGCCUAUCACAGCGGCUUCAACCAGGGCUACAACUUCGCUGAGGCUGUGAACUUCUGCACUGCUGACUGGCUGCCGGCCGGGCGCCAGUGCAUCGAGCAUUACCGUCGCCUGCGCCGCUACUGCGUCUUCUCGCACGAGGAGCUGAUCUGCAAGAUGGCCGCCUGCCCCGAGAAGCUCGACCUCAACCUGGCGGCCGCCGUGCACAAGGAGAUGUUCAUCCUGGUGCAGGAGGAGCGCAAGCUGCGCAAGGCCCUGCUGGACAAGGGGGUGACGGAGGCAGAGCGCGAGGCCUUUGAGCUGCUCCCCGACGAUGAGCGCCAGUGCGACAAGUGCAAGACGACGUGUUUCCUCUCUGCGCUGGCCUGUUACGACUGCCCCGCCCGCCUGGUCUGCCUCUACCACAUCCACGACCUCUGCAAGUGCCCCAGCAGCCGCCAGUACCUCAGGUACCGCUACACGCUGGACGAGCUCCCAGCCAUGCUGCACAAGCUGAAGGUUCGGGCCGAGUCCUUCGACACCUGGGCCAACAAGGUCCGAAUCGCCCUGGAGGUGGAGGAUGGGCGCAAGAGGACGCUGGAGGAGCUGCGGGCGCUGGAGUCGGAGGCCCGCGAGCGCAAGUUCCCCGACAACGAGCUGCUGCAUCGGCUGAAGAGCUGCCUGGCGGAGGCCGAGCGCUGCGUCUCCGACGCCCUGGGGCUCAUCAGCGGCCUGGAGACCGGGGUGCCCGCCGUGCUGCUGUCGCUGGAGGAGCUGCGCACCUUCCUGGAGCGCAUGAGCAGCGUGCCCUGCGUCAUGCACCAGCUGGCCGACGUGCAGGCGGUGCUGGAGCGGGCGCUGGCAUUCCAGGAGGAGGCACAGGAGGCCCUGCGGGGGCUGCCCGCCAGCGCGGCCCAGCUGCAGGGGCUGGUGGCGCGGGGGGCGCGCUUGGGCGUGGCCGUGCCCGAGACGCGCCAGCUGGAGCGCCAGGUGCAGCAGGCGGCCUGGCUGGAGGAGGUGAAGCGGGCGCUGCGCUCGCCCCGCGAGCGGGUGCCCCUGGCCCUGGUGCGGGGCCUGGCCCAGGCCGGUGCCACCGUGGCCCCCAGCCCGGCUGUGGAGAAGGCCCGAGCCGAGCUGCAGGAGCUGCUGACCAUCGCCCAGCGCUGGGAGGAGAAGGCCCAUCUCUGCCUCGAGGCCAGGCAGAAGCACCCCCCGGCCACGCUGGAAGCCAUCAUCAAGGAGGCGGAGAACGUCCCCGUGCACCUGCCCAACAUCCUGGCCCUGAAGGAGGCGCUGGCCAAAGCCCGGGCCUGGAUCGCCGAUGUGGAGGAGAUCCAGAACGGGGAUCACUACCCCUGCCUGGACGACCUGGAGGGGCUGGUGGCCGUGGGCCGGGACCUGCCGGUGCGGUUGGAGGAGCUGCGCCAGCUGGAGGUGCAGGUGGGCACGGCGCACUCCUGGCGCGAGAAGGCCUCCAAGACCUUCCUCAAGAAGAACUCCUGCUACACCCUGCUGGAGGUACUGUGCCCCUGCGCGGACGCUGGCGCGGCCAGCCCCAAGCGCACCAAGUGGCGGCGGGAGCCGGAGCUCGGCCUCUACAAGUCGGACACCGAGAGCCUGGGGCUGUCGGCUCAGGACCUGCGGGACCCCGGCUCUGUGAUCGUGGCGUUCAAGGAGGGCGAGCAGAAGGAGAAGGAGGGCAUCCUGCGGCUGCGCCGUGCCAACGCGCUGAAGCCCGGCCCGCCGGCGCCCGGCCCCCCCUCCUGCGUGUGCGGCCAGCCGCCCGGGCCCAGCAUGCUGCGCUGCGAGCUCUGCCGCGACUGGUUCCACGCUCCCUGCGUGGCCUGGCCCCGCCUGGGCGCCCAGAAGCCCUCGCCCGCCUGGUGGGAGUGGGACGCUAAGUUCCUGUGCCCGCUGUGCCAGCGCUCCCGCCGCCCGCGCCUCGAGACCAUCCUGGCCCUGCUGGUGGCCUUGCAGAAGCUGCCCGUGCGGCUGCCCGAGGGUGAGGCCCUGCAGUGCCUGACGGAGCGCGCCAUCACCUGGCAGGACCGCGCCCGCCAGCUGCUGGCCUCGCCCGAGCUGGCCGGGCCCCUGGAGCGCCUGGUGGCCUUGCGCCAGCGGCUGCACGGGGACGCCGGCGCCCUGCGGGAGACCAGCCGCAACGAGCAGCCCAAGCUUUCCCUUGAGAACGGGGACACCACGCCACCGGAGAAGAUGGGCCCCUUCACCUCUGACCUGGAGGCGCUGGGCACGGCGCUGGCGCGGCUGCAGGGCCCGGUGCUGGAGCUGCCUGAGGGGCCGCGGCGGGCGCUGGAGGAGCUGCUCCUGGAGGGCGACCUGCUGGAGGUGACGCUGGACGAGGGGCAGAGCCUCUGGAGGCUGCUGCAGGCCGCCCGGGCGCCCCCCGUCGACACCUUCCGCCACCUGCUGGAGCUGGAGCAGGCGGAGCGGCGCGGGGCCCGGGCGCGGGGCCGGGAUGCUGAGCGGCGCCGGAAGCGCCGGGCCGAGCGGGGGGAGCUGCCCCCCCUACCGAAGGAGGAGUUAGAGCCAAAGAGGAGCCGGGAGAGCGAGCCCCCCGAUGUGGCCCCCCCUGGGGCCGGCACCGACCACAGCCAGAACGGCGUUGGGCAGUUGUGA